AUGGCAUCCUCAGAAGCGUAUACCUCUGGUGUCACCCAAGAGAGUGGCGACCUGCGAUCUGCCCCGGGAUCGCCUCUUUAUGACAGCCUUAAAUUAUCUGGCCAACAGAUCAGGCUUCUGACAAUCAAAUCGACCAUGCCAGAGAUAUCGUGUGAAAUGGAUGUCACAGAUCUUCAUGAUCAACUACCAUUCAAUGCACUGUCCUACGUCUGGGGCGAUCCUGGAAUUACCGAGGAUAUUUUUAUAAACGGACACAAACACCCAGUAACAACGUCUUUGGCCUCGGCUUUGAGAUGCGUCCCGCAGCACCUCAGUCAAUCGAAACACGCGGCCGGCCAGAAAUUAUGGGUGGAUGCCAUCUGCAUUAAUCAAGCUGAUGAUGCUGAGAAGAGCCGCCAAGUUGCCAAGAUGGGAGAAAUCUACUCACAAAGCGGUCUUGUUCUCUGUUGGCUGGGACCUCUGAGUGAUUCGAUAGGUACUGCCAUCGAUGUUAUACAAAUCACAGCUUUUGAGCGGUAUUUCCGCUUGGAAAGGUUCAAGGAAGUUAAGGAUACGAAGCAACUUUCAGUCGCUGAUACGACAUUCGCAACCCCCAGGCAAGUUGGGUAUAUCGAGAUUUAUGAGCUCGCGAACGCACUUGAACACGCGACUACAGUCACUGGACGGGUGCUGCAAAGCCCAUAUGGUUCGGAACUCGAGUUUUGCAAAAAUGACCUGAUAAUCCUAUGUCGGGAAGUCAGAGAUUGGCAGGAUCGGCUUCAAAGACAGGCCAGCAAGCUCGAUGCCAAUGUGAUCAAAGGCUCCCACCCCGUGGGUUUUCUAUCAAAAUUGGUGUCUUCCAGGAUUCACAAGUUCCAAAAGAUAGUGGAAGACUUAGUCUUCCAAGUGAUUGGCGAUGAGAUUUACGGUCAUUUAUUAUGGCUUAAGGAGUAUCCUUCGCUCUGCGUAGUGGAGGAAAUAGUAGGGCAAUGUCAUCGGGGUCCCGCUCAACCACUUUUUGACCUUCCGUACUGGAGCCGCAUAUGGAUACGACAAGAAAUCAUUCUCGCCAAACAAGCAGUUUUUAUUUGUGGACCCCGAUCAUUUUCACUUCAGACGUUGGAAUACUUUUCAGCCUGGUUGGGAUGGAUCUUGAGUCCAUCGAAUUCUCGUUUGUGCCAGAAAGAAAAGCUUUUCAAGUUGAUAUUGGCAUACAAACAAAAUUGUAAGCUUCUACACCACAUCUUCGAAGGCCGUCGAGACCAAGGACUUCCUGUUGGCAAUUGGUUGGGCCAAAGUCAUUUCAAGACCAAUAUUUGGUGCCACUUAUCAGAGGCUCGUGCGACCAACCCCAAGGAUUAUUAUUACGGCUUCCUUGGUAUUACAAAACUCAAAAUUGUCCCGGAUUAUAGUCCAAGAAAAUCUCUCGGACUUGUCAGCAGGGAUUUCUUGAGCGAAUAUCUCAAAGUUUACCGUGACCAAUCAUCAUCAGAUGAUUCCCUGGGAGGGCCCCUAGGCCUUCUAAGGUUUGCAGGAGUUGGUUAUGGCUGGGAAGCUGACACUGACAUGCCAUCAUGGGGUCCAAACUUCCCUGGAGAGGCUCAAUCAAGCCCAUCUUCCAGGGGUAGUGCAGAUGCAGUGGCUUUUCCAGGCAACAGGGCUUUUCCAGACAACAGGCAUAUUGACAAUAUUUUUGAAAAGGAACUCCACGAAAGAAUAACCGGUCCCGACAUGGAGGUCACGUUGUAUAUUCUGGAUCGCAUCGAAAUGAUAGGUCCCAGAGUCUCUGACUACGGAAGACCCGAGCUUCUCCAUUCAGAAGGCUUGCCAAUAACCUGGGCCUUGGACUUUGCUCUACGCCAUGAGAGCUACACGUCAGGUGGCCACCCAUUAGCUGCUUUGCGUCAUCUUCUCGAACCAUACGCUGCUUCUAAGGGUAAAGAGACCGAUUUCCCUAUUGAAAACGGCCUGGAAUUUCUGAAGUUUUUGGGUCGUUUCAAUCGUCCAUUCCAGAAGGGAAAGCAGUGCUCUAGAGCUAUGUUGGCCCGUUUUUGUUACGUGAGAAAUUUUCUUGCACAAGUCCCCGUAAGUGUUUCUUCUCUCACUUUGUGCCCUCGCCUAAUCGUCAAGGAUCCCGAUGACGACGAAGACGAGGACCAAUACAUGAAGGAAUAUCGCUACAUCCAACUUCUCUGCGCGAAGUGUAGGCCGUAUAACCAUACUAUAGCAGAGACGAAGAAAGGCUAUAUUGGGAGGCUUCCCCCGAGGAUACAGGAGGGUGAUUUGGUUUGUCUCCUCAACGGCCUCAACCAACCAGCCGUUCUGAGGAAAGUUGAUCAUUGGGUACUGGGUAGUAGCGGCGAAGGGAAUCGCUCUCCUCCAGAUGACCUCUUGGACUAUGGACCAAGUGGCAGUUAUGCCCUAGGGGUUAGUGAAGACGCAACUGGAAUGCGCCUGGUAAUGUCCGGGUCGCAAUGGGAAGCUGUCGAGGUCCCGGAUGACGACACGAAUGACGCGAAUUUCUGGUAUAUCAAGCCCAUCCCACCAGGAUCAGACAGGUACUCUCUACAGUUCCAGCGUCGAUACCAGGAAUACAAUAGCACAGCGUUUCGAUGGCAGAUCUCUGGUUGGGUUGACCCUCGACCCUCCAUCUGCUUGAGGCAGAGGAAAACCGACGUCAUCGGGCAUAACGAGCGAACCGAGCCUAUACCAGAAAGGAAAAAUUCUCGCCGACACCCCAGAACGAUGGACAACUUAAGUAUCUUCACAGCCAUUGCGCUUUGCGCUGCCCUACUCUGGUGGGUGAGAUCGACACUGACGUCUCCAUUGCGACAAUAUCCUGGUCCCUUUCUUGCUAACUACCCCGAAUUGAUCAAGACCAUCUAUGGCACUGAUAAUAAAUGGCUCAAGACAGAGUUUUACCUCAACAACAGUACCAUAGUUGAUGGCAAGAUCAACCAUAACGUAUUUAGUACCACAAGCCCGGCGGAACACACACAGAUGAAGAAGCCGAUGGCCAAGUAUUAUUCCUCGAGCAAUGUUCUGACCUUGGAGUCGAAGAUGAACCAGGUAAUCGACGAGCUCUGCAAACAAAUCGACGACCGGUUUAUAGAAGACACUAAGAGCUUCGAUCUGGCCGAAUGGCUUGGCUUAUAUACCUGGGACAUAAUCGGCUUCUUGACUUUCAGCCGGACCUUCGGAUACAUGGCCAAUGGCCACGACUUUGAUGAGACCAUCAUAGCAUCUGCAUUAUCAGUAGAAUACUUCGCCCAGAUCGGCCAGAUUCCCUUAAUGGACCGGUUUCUUAAAAAGAAUCCCAUCGUGCGUAUUGGACCUCCAGAUAUGAGCCACGUCACUCAUUUCGCGAUCACGCAGCUUCAGCGCCGACUCGAGCAACGGGAACAAGGCAAAUACCUAGAAGAGCCAGACUUUCUAGAUUACUUCAUUGGUGGCAUGAAGAGUAACCCGGAUUCUAUUGAUGCAAAGCUCGUGCUGAACUUCCUGCUUGGCAACAUCCUGGCUGGAGCUGACACGACUUCUAUUGCACUACGUGCCAUCUUUGACUUCUUGUUGCGAAACCCGCAUGCCAUGGCCAGACUGAAAAGCGACAUUCUAGCAGAGAGCUUUGAUGAUGAUGCGGUUGCGCCAUAUAGUACAGCUCGAUCCCUGCCUUAUCUCGACGCUGUGAUCCGAGAGUCGUUGAGGAUGCAUCCCUCUGUUGCCAUGCCCCUCGAGCGCUACGUCCCAGAUACGGGGUUGACUCUUCCUGAUGGUAGCUUCGUGCCUCCAGGGGUUUCUGUGGGCUUGAAUCCAUACAUCAUCGGUCGCAAUGAGGACGUUUGGGGUGAAGACGCCAAUGAGUUCCGUCCUGAGAGAUGGCUUAAGUUGAAGGAUGAGAGUGAAGAAGAGUACCAGCGGCGUUUGCGAAAGAUGAAUGCAGCUGAUCUUACUUUCGGCGGAGGUUCUCGCAUUUGCAUUGGGAGACACAUUGCGCUCAUCCAAAUCUACAAGGGUGUAGCGACACUGGUGUCGCGGUACGAGAUUCAACUUGCAGAUCCAAAUAUCAAGAUGAGAAUUAUUUCAGGGUGGUUUCCGCGUCAGACAGGAUUAUUUGUCAAAAUGCACAAAAGAUCGGAAAUGGAGAACCUUUGA